CAGAGAAAGCAUCAUGGGUACCCUCGGUGUUGUAGCGGCAAACAUUGAGAAAUUUGGCAAUGCAGGAAACAAUCCAAUCGAGGCAAUCCAAGGAGCCAUAAACAUCAUAGGUGCAGUAGCUACCUUUUUUGGUCCACAUGGUCAGUUAGCAAGUAUUGGUUUGGGCUUCGUUUCUAGCCUGUUAGGAUUAUUUGAUAAAGGUCCAAAUCCAAAGCCACUAGGUGAAGUUGUAAGAGAACAAAUUGACGACGCGUUAGCAAAGUUCCAAGAUGAGAGCCUGACUGACAAAGCAAUUGGACUUAUCAAAGCGUUCAGAGCSUCCAAAUCUUACCUAGAUGGAGCCGCUGAAUCUGGAGAACUUCUCUCAAAAGAAGAAAUGAUCGUAGCUUCAUCACGUGUGCCUAUGACGCAGGGUUCUGAGUUCAUUGGCGAACUGUCCACAGUUAUUGAAAAGAUGUUUAAAGCUUCUAGUGCUGACGAUGCUCUGAAAUGCAUUAAAUACUGCGAACUCUUUGCACAACUCGCUGGACUCAAGGACAUGAUUCUUACUCAAAUGAUAUCAUUGGCAGGUAACGAGAUGAAGAACGAYGUCAAUGGUUUGAUGUCCUACCAGCGAGAUUUYCGCGAUGCUGCAAGAAUCCUACUUCAGCCACUSUUUACGACAAAUUUUGGACAAAAGAUCUUGCCGUACUUUGAUCCAGACAUCAGUGUCAUCACUGACUCGUACGCCAACUCGGUGUUGGACCUUGGAAAGUACGAUCGAUCGAAAGCAGGAAUGUACUGUCUGAUGACUCAAGGGACUCAAGGUAAUACUAAAAGAGAUCURGUUUGGUCCACAGAACAAGUAUACUUCAAAGUAAACGGAAAGCCAUAUACUAAACUUGCUGCCGAGAAUAACAAGAAUUGUUACUGGAAGCUGGUGCCUCACGGAAGUGAUCUGUUCAGUAUUGUCAACAAAAAGGGAUGUGAUGAAAACCCAUCAGCGGCGUGGUGUGGGUCGAUAUUGUCUUUUGAUAUCAUCGGUGAUACAUCGGAACUUGGAAUUGCUAACAUUGAACCUACUGAUGGGGUCAUGUGGGAGAUUCAGGGAUCCGAUUCUUCUAAGUACAGGAUUCUCAACAAGCGGGGCUGUGGUGAUAGUAGUYCCGACGAUUCUUCAUUUUGUGAUCGAGAGCUGAGGGUUGAACCGCGUACCAUUAAUGCACCUAGACCCAUUGGAGAGGGGACAAAACGGCUCACUAUUAGUGGUGGGAAAGUGCUUCCCAGUGACGGGAUUCAACACUGGGAAUUAAGGAAGGUGUAGCUCCACGAAUAACAAACGUAGAGCAACUACAGUGGAUUAAAGUGGAACUGAGAAAUCCCAUAAGUUAGAUCUAAAGCAACAAGAUUCAACUGCAAGAGUUGUUAGUCUUCAUAGAUAACUGUUAUAGUUUACAUCGUGCAAUUGUAGGAAUAAAGCUGAUAUUUAUGCAA